AUGCACAACACAAACUUUCUGGGCCUGGUACGACUGGGCCAGGACAGACUGCGAGAAGUUGCUGACGUGCACAGCCCCGGCGCGACGGCGUCGAGGAAUCCCUUUGAGGGGCUGAACCCCUUUGAGGGCAGCGAAGGCAGCAAUCCCUUCAGUGACAGCAGCGCAGAUGCCGCAGAUGGCGCCGAUGCUGGUGCCGGUGCCGGCGAUCGUGGGUCUGUGGAGAAGCUCAACCCGUUUAGUUCCGGCUCGGUGAAAGCUUUGGAGGUUGGAGGCAGCAACCCCUUUUUGGAUGCAGAAUCGGAGCUUGGAGGGUGCUCCGGUCCCAUGGCGAAGCGCGAGUUGAUGUAUUUGGGCCUGGGCGCCAGUCUGAUGGCGUCCCUUCUGCUGAUCACAGGAUCACUUGGAUCGGUCAAGCAGAAAGGCUAUGAGGGUGCAUGGAGCCUGACAAUCCAGCUUCGCUUCAAAGAUGUUGCUACACGUGAUGAGUUUCUGAAAUUCUGGGGAGUCUUGGCACGCUAUGUGCGUGACUAUGAGCCCUUUUGCUUGCUUUUCGAAGCUAUCCAAAGUGAUAAAGACCCGCUCCUGUUGAUCGUGGAUGAGAGAUACACCGACAAAGAUGUCUACGGUAAGCACAGAAGCAGUGAUGCUUUCAACGUCUUUCGGCCCCAAAUGCAGAAGCUUCAAGAUGCAGGUAGACUUCAGGUUCUCGGCGAAAGUGGCGUUGGCAUUUCGCUUUCUUCCAUUUAG